GAGAUUGAAAUAUUGAAGAAUAGAAAUAGAAAUUCAGUAUGUACGGUAUUGAAUGUUUAGUUUAUGUGAUUUUUCAUUUCCCAUGCAUUGUUUAUAAAUUAUUAACAAUAACCGGUUUUUGUAUAUAUUGUAAAUUAUCAUUGAUCUGACUAGUAUAUAAAAUUAGUUUUACAUUGAUUCAUUACAAGAUCAUCUAGUUAUCAAUGAGUGAGAAAGCAUUUUGAAAACGUUGCAUUUAUCGAAGUGUUUAAUGUUUCAACGUAUUUUGCUAUGUUGCAGUCAAGCGUAAAUUUUUAAUAAAUCAGCAUCUAUGAACAUGAUGGUACCGUCUGCUCCUCCAAAGAAGCGGACGUUUGAUGAAGCAAAUUUGGAUGCCAAACCCUCCGGCGAUGAUAAUAGCUCUGACAAACUACCAAAGAAGUUGCGAGAUAUGUUUCUUCCAUUGACCUGCAAGCUCUGUAAAGUUACUGCUACAUCAAAUAUGAUGGCAAAAGCACAUUACACCGGCAAACCACAUGAAAAACGUGUUCGACAGUUUUUAGAGAAAUGGAGUGAAGAGACUGGAAAUCCAAUGCCAAAAAUAAGCAAGCCUGAAACUAAACUAAGUCAAGACGCCUCUUACUGUAAGACGUGUGAUAUUACUUUGACAUCAGUGAGUGUAGCUCAACAACAUUAUGCCGGAAAGAAUCAUUACAAAGCUUUUACACAAGGGAAAAAGCACAAAGCACAAACCGUGGUUGAAGUUAACGAUGGAAGAUUUGGAAUUGGAAAAGCCUUUCUGCCCAAUGUCGCAACUGAAUCAGUACAUCAACUACCUUCUGAUGAUAUUAGCAUUGAAUCUCCUAUUAAACACAGGUGGAUGCAGCCAGUAGAAUCAAAGAGCAGUCGUUUAGCGAACGACAUUAAGAAAAAGCUUUUUUCGUGGUCAUGCGAUCUCUGUGGUGUGAUAGCGCACAGUGAGGAUCAGCUAAAUAUGCAUCUUAAAGGAGCCAAACAUCUAAAAGCGAUCAAACGGUCUCAGACUCCAUCUAUUAUACCAGCUCCAGCUAACCCUUCAGAGUCAAUCUUGGCAAGUGUAAUACACCCAGAAAAGAAUGUGACUGAUUAUUCCAUGUUCAGAACGCCUUCUGGUCAAUACUACUGUCAACCUUGCAAUGUGUCUGUCAACUCUCCUGAACAAAUGUCGCAGCAUGUUGAAAGCAAAAAGCACAAAUUCAAAUAUGCCUGCGCGAAAUCGAAAAAAAAUGAAUUUAAUGGCAUCAAAAUUCCUGUGGAGAAGAAUUAUUCAAACCCGCAUUCAGCCUUGAGUGAUAAAGUAUAGAAAAUAAAAUAUUAUUUUUAAUAAAAACUAGUGAAGACUAGUUUUUAGAAUUAAGUUUAAUAAUUGAGUGAUGAAGUACAGGAAAGAAAAUAUUACGUUUAAGAAAAACCAAGUUAUAGAGACAAUAGAGAAGACUAGUAUUGAGAACUAAUUUUAACCCAAAACGAUUUUUCAAAGUCGUUUGUGAUUUUAAUAGAAGAUAUGAAAUUGGGUGAUUACAAAAGAAAUACACAGUAAGUUAUAAAUAGAUUUCAGAAAAUAUAUUUUUUAAAUUGAAGAUGAUUACUAAGAGUACAUAUUCAAGUAAAGUAAAAACAUUUUUCUCAAAAAUAUUUACCAGUUAUUACCAUCAUUGAAUAUUUUGAGUCAAUUUGACUCAAUGUGUGAACUAUUUGUAACACGUUUUUUCAAUUCUCUCACUCGGCAUGUCAACUAAAGCCUUAUAAUAAUUAUGAUACUUCAUUUAAGAUAAUCGAUAUGCGAUGUCCACCGGAAGCGUUGGUACGAAAACCAUCUCUUUGCAUUAGAAAUAGUCGUAGUGAGUCAGUUCUUGAAUUGGAGGUAGCCACGCUUCAAACCUGUAUAGCUUUGCUGAUCUUUAUGUACCAUCUAGGAAAAUAUUAUUGCAAAAAACCUUAGUCAUGUGAGUACUAGUGGUGAUUAGCUACAUCAGCUACAAAAUAUGUAGUUUUGGGAUGAAAUUUGUUGAAUGAGAAUUGAUAUCGUGGAAUUUUUUCAUAAUUGA